UAAAGUUAGCCGUGCUUCAGUAACUUGCAGCCUCCUGCUUCGAGCCCUGGGCCACCAUGUACGAGGACGGCUGGUACAGCUUCGUGCCGGAGCUUAGCAACAACAGCAACGCCAGAAACGAGACCUCCAAUGGCAGGCCUCGCGGGCAUCAGCGCAAGGAAUCGCUCCUACAGCAGCCUAAUGAGGCCAGCAACAUUGCCGAGAUCCUUGAAGAUGUGCUAGAGGAAGCAGAACAUACAAACGACCCUCCCGAACCCGCAUUGCUCCGACGAGCUGCCUCAUACUCCGAUUUCUACGAUGUUGUCAGGGCCGAGCUCUUCAAAGAUGCCCCACGCAGGCCACGGCGGAAGGCUGGCAGGAAGAGCAGGAAUUGGGAGGCCUUGACGCUCUUCAACGAAGAGUCUACAACUUCUCAGUAUUACCAGACGGAAGAAGUGUCCUCAAAAUCUCUGGACGACCUAUUGUUGGAAGAGAGCCAACAAGAAUAUUCGCUGUAUCGCGACCAAUUGAAGAUGACCGAGCGCCACCUCGAAGGCUUAAUUGGCAAUGCCAACGAUAGUUUGAAACUGUUGACCACUUUAUCGCAAUCAUUUUUGUCCGUUGAGGCUCAGACCUCGACCUUCCAAGCUCAGUGCGAAGAGCUCCUGACAGAACAGCGGCGGUUGGAGAAGCUUGCCGAUGAGGUCGGGACAGAUCUCUACUAUUACGCCUAUCUAGAAAAAGCUACAAGACGCCUAAAUGCUCCCGGUGCCGGUCGCUUAAUAGAGGAUGAUGAUUUUAGUGAGAUGGUGGAGAACAUCGAUUCUUGCAUCAAAUUCAUGACUACCCACGAGAAUUACCGAGAACGCGACUCAUAUCUAGCACGAUACAGCGCCUUACUUACCAAGGCCUUGCACCUUCUUGACCACGGUUUCAAUAGUUCUUUGGAAAAGGUCUCCAGUGACAUUGCUCGUCAGAUUGCAGCUACAAAAUCAGAGUCUGCUCGCCACGCUUUGGCAUACGGAAGAUUCGAAGAGAUGAUGGCGGAUUCUUAUUCUCUAUUGCCAAAUACUCGAAGAGUAGUCCGAUCGGCCUACCAUGCGUAUGGGCAGCCAGUAGAAGUCUCAGCCACCUCUACGACAUAUGUCAAUGCUGUUAAUACCAUCUUCCGAACAUAUUUCACAACCCGCGAUCGAGACUUGAAAGUAAUGGCACAACAUGAUCUAGAUGAAUACCAGAAAGAGGUCAAAAGUCUGUCAGUGGAGACAGCUUCUAGGAAUUUCAUCAAACAGUUAUUCGAGCGAAUGUAUAGUGAAGACGUUCUUUUUACCAAAAUUUUCAACAUAGAACUCGCAUGGAGCCCUCUUCCGGAAUCGGCUUUCCAAGCGGUCAAGCUGGUCAACACCACAAUGGUUCAUCCUGGCAAUAUCGUGCCAUUAGCGACGAAUUUACAGGCCGUCUUUCAGAACGCUCAGCUCACAGAAACGUGCAGCAUAGUUGGCUGGCUAGCUAAUGAAUAUGCAGUGGCGGACUUGGAUGAAGAUGAAUCUCCAUCCUUUAGAAAGUACAGGGAAUAUGCCGCCAGGCUGCUCGCAGAUCAUUUGUGGCCAUUUACCGACAACUUAUUUGAAGCAGAAAUCGUGAAAUCAAUUACCAGGGCCCCAACUCAAGAUGGUUCUUUGAAGAUUAGCCCUGUUGUAGACGGAGUGGCUUCUUCAAACGCAUAUCCCUUGGUGAAACGAGCCAUUGAGCUCCUCGCCAUGUUUGACCGGGCAAUGCCUAAAGAGCGAUCCGCCAAGAACAGCCCCGUGGUGUUUAAAAUUGUGCGAGAAACAAUUCAGAUUCUUCAGCGAGCUGAGGCUAGGAUCAAAUCACUCAAGACCGAUACCGAUCCGGAUCUCUUCAUGGUCAAGAAUUUACUCAUUAUUAAGAAUGAGCUGGUAUCACUCGAGAUUGGUGAUAUACGAAGCCAACCCCCAGCCAUGCAGCAUUUUGGACAGAUUUGGGAUACACUGAGUCCCCAAAACUGGGUGGGAUUUUUCGGAAGCGUCAUCAGCGGCAAUCUCUGGUCUCGAGGGGCGCCUUCAGUUACAGCCAAGACGCUGACAGUAGAAGACAUGAGCGAACAGCUAGACGAGCUAUUACGCCAGUCCAUUUAUGCAUUCACAAAGCGAUGGGGAUCUCUCAUCAACGAUUCUCAGAGCAGAAAAGUAGGAGUGAAGCCUAUAGCGAAGGUAGAGGCUGAUCUUGAGAACAUACUCCAAACAGCGUUCAGCAACCAACCUGAAGUAAUUGCGAAGCUGAAAGAAGCCAUUCAGCUAAACGCGCAAGCACAGACGGACGCAAAGAAUGCAGACAAUGGGGCACGGAGGUACUAAAAAAAAGGACCAUGAGCGCAGAGCUCGAGCACCUAGAGGGCGCAGUAGACCUGAAUGAUGAUAAUGAUUUUGCUCAAUGAUACAUGAUGACCCGAGUGGAGAUGUACAAAAACAAGUAAAUUGAGGGGAAGUUGUUGGGCUAUUUGGCCGAUCAUUUCGGUGUUGUGUCAACGAAACACGAGACAACUCCAAUUCCUAGUUCAGCCGUCCCUUAUCGCUCUCAACU